GUCAAUUUUAGUUGCAAACUCAUCUUUUAGCAUCGUUUUGCGUACCCGGGACUGUUCCUCAACGACUAAAAGUUGCAUUUUAUUCUGGAAUUAGUUCGUUUUCUACCUUAUUUUCUAGCUCAGAGAUUUCCACUAAAUAAAUUCACUGCGACUACGCCAUGAUGUCCAUCCCAAACGUGCCCCUUUUUCUGGCGGAACAGAAACAAUCGGCCGACAAAGAACUCGCCGCCGAGUGGACCAUUUUGGAGGAGCUGUACAAUGAGAAGUUGUGGAAUGAAUUAACAAUCAAAUUGAAGGUGUUCGUAAACACUCCUGCCAUGCAAAAUGAGGAAAAAUUGCUGCUGCUGUACCACAAUUUCAUCAACGCCUUCGAAACCAAGAUCAAUCCCUACGGCCUGGUCGAAAUCCUAACGGUGGUCGUUUCGUUCAUCACGGACAAGAAGAAGGCCAUCGCCUUUCUGGAGGAUCUGAAGGGAAAGGUUAAGGCUUGUGAUGAAGCAUUCUGGAUGUGUAAGGUGCUGCAGGGUCAGAUCUAUCUGGAACAUCUCAAUGAGCUGGACCAAACCAAGAAAAUUAUUGAAGAUCUAAAGGACAUCCUGGAGGAAGCGGGCAAUGUGACUCCGGUCCAUGGAAAGUACUACAUGCUGGCUGCGAACUACUAUCGCCUGGUUGGUCAACACAGCGAUUACUAUCGAUGCGGUUUACAGUUCCUGGGAUGUUCGAUGGACACCUAUCCUAAAGAUCAGUGGCCUCAGCAAGCUUUCUUCCUUGGUCUGGCCGCCCUUCUGGGUGAAGGUAUCUACAACAUCGGAGAACUGCUGGCCCACCCACUCCUCGAAUCACUGAACGGCUCAGAAAACGAGUGGCUAGUAGAGCUGCUGCGCGCUUUCAAUUCCGGUGACAUCGUGAAAUUCGAGCAGAUGAAACCCAAAUGGAGCACAAUUGCCGAUCUGGCCGCCCAAGAGGUCAAGUUGCGUCAGAAAAUCUCGCUUCUCUGCCUGAUGGAGAUGACUUUCAAACGACCGGCCAAUAAACGUACCAUCACCUUCGAAGAAAUCGCAACUGAAGCAAAGCUUCCGAUCAAAGAGGUAGAAAUCCUGAUCAUGAAGGCUCUAGCUCAGGGGCUGGUCCGCGGAGCCAUCGACGAGGUGGCUGGAGUUGUCAACAUGACCUGGGUGCAGCCCCGCGUUCUGGACCGGAAACAGGUCGCUGCGAUGGCCACCACCCUGGAUGCCUGGAUGGGCUCGAUCACCUCGAUGGAACAGCUGAUCGAAAACCGAGCGAGCGAGAUUCUGACGAACUGAAGACGGCGUGUGUGUGGUAUUAAUUGCGAUUGAAACUUUUAGAAUAUACACAAAUUACUUAUCUAA